UCCACGUCGCUUCUCCUGCUCAGUCAGCUUCUCUCUUCGACAACGUGUGCCAUCUCCAUGCACCAACCGAUCCAGCAACUUCACUUCUUCUUGGACCGUUCUCUAGACAAACACGAACAGAUCGCUCAUCAUGUGCGGAAACUUGGAUCCACAGACGAAUGGAUGCUUUUGACGCCGUCUGCGUCCGCAAUGGCAGGGUACGAGGAUUUGCUGUCAAUGCAGGAGGACGAACUGCUGGAUUUUGACUUUUUCGCGUCUCAUGUGCUCCAUGUGAGUGCUGCUGUACAAAGUGGUGAUGACUUUAUAGUCCCCUGUCUCAACAAUAAACAAGUGGUUGUCACUAGAGGCGAAAUUCACACUGGAAAAGGCUUUAGAACGGAACGUACAGUGCGUAUCAUUGGCGACGCUUAUGUUGUAAGGUCGGCUGAAAAUAAGCUUCCACCUGUCGUCUUGUUCACCGACGACUUCUUAGUACCACUUUCCUUCCUUGAACCAAAACAUGAAAUCAGCAAGCAGACCGUUCCGGUCCCUCCCGCUCGUCGUCGAGCCAAUUCCGUCUUCUCAAUGGCUUCCCUGCGGUUUCUGGCUGCUGAGGUGCAUGAGGCUUUGUUUCCUCAAUUGGAACAACUUACAUAUGAUUUUCUCCAGGUGCAUCUGUCACAAACGACCUCUGAAGAUGAAGUUUGCGACUAUGAGACCUUUUUCGCUGACGUUGAUGCGUACCUCCAAGCAGGAAUCGAUGCCGUCUCAACCCUGAGCAUGGACCUCCAAAGACGGUUGUUGGAAGUCGCUACGGAUGAUGAAGUGACGGGUGCCGUGGAAAGUUACCUCCUUGAAUCAGUUUACGAACUCGUUUUCUUUCGCUACACUCAGGCAUACAGGGACAAGGAUGCAGAGCUCGGGAAUGCAUUGGCGUCUAUGAAACAAAUAACCUUGCUGCAACUGAAUAUGCCCGAGGUGUCUCCGACACUUGAAAAACGAAUUGCCGACUCCGUCCGUGAGUUUAAUCUCAUCGGUCUAGCUCGCUCACCACUCGAAAAACUGCACCAUCUUGUUACUGCUACUCAUUGUUUGGCGAAGGAUCGAGAGGCUCUCGGAGGCGAUGCACUCAUUCCCAUGCUCAUGUGCACGCUCGUUCGUACAGACCUCGUGAACAUAGAGUCUAACAUUGCUUUCAUUCGUCGACACUCUUCGCGAGAAACGCGAACUGACAGCGGGGAAUUUGCUUUGAGCACGCUCGCCGGAGUCUGCUUCUACGCGCUCUCCAACAAACAGACGCUUGCCGCUGAGAGUGACAUGUUUGGUCAGGUGUUGCAGGCGGUAAAGGAAGGAAAAAGUUUGCAAACUUUGGGUGAGCUGGUACACGGCGACCACAAGGUGCUGCUUGCACGGUGUUCGCAGUACUCAGAGUCGCUUCCCUUUCUCGCUCUGCGGUAUGAACAAUACACGCUUUUCAAGAGUCUGCUAUCGUGCGAAUUGUUUGAUGCCGACUUUUUGUAUACCGAUGAGAACGCGCGUGGAGACACGUUGUUGUGUAUUUUGCUUCAACAUUCGCAAACAGAACUUGUUCCGCUUUUACUUAAUCGACUUUCCGAAGGGACGCCACGCACAGAUGGCUCAUCGGCGCUCGAUGACUACGUUGCCCGUUCCAUUACUACUCGCUCAGUAGUUGGCUUGCCUGCCGCGCUUCCCAUGCUACGCGUUCCUUGGGAAUAUCCGGUGAAUGGAUCAACACUUCUUUGGCGACUCUCCCGCUCUCGGUCUACUGAUGCGCUUCUGGCCGUAUUUAAUGCCUACAAACAAUUAGAUGCAAGGACACUGAAAGUCCACAUCGACCGUAAGAAAGGACGUACGCUUUUGCAUACGCUGACUGAACCAAAACUUCUGCGCAAGGUUCUUGGUAUAGCCGCGGGUGAUUCAACUAUCGUCAAUGCGCAGGACUCCAAAGGAAACACGCCGCUAAUGCAUCAUAUUAUUCACCGUCACACAGCUGCAGUCUUAUGUUUAUUGGAAGAUCCAGCGGUACGGUAUAGUGUCACAAACCGGCAGGGACUUACGGCGGUACAUCUUGCCGCUACACUUGGACUCGACGCCGACAGAUCAGUGCUGAAGGCACUGACGGAACGCUCUAAAAUUCCUUUGCGCGCCUUUAUUACCGGCGAUACUCCAAUGCACACGUUGGCCAAACGCUAUGAGCCUAGCAAUGUUUGGGAUGCAUUUUUGGAGUUUUGGUCGGAAGAACUGGAACAAAAAGUUGAUGUGUAUAAUAAUUCACUUGAACAACCUGGUAUUCCUAUUCCACUGCCAUCAGAUGAGUCUUUUGAACUUUCCAACAAGAUGGCGUUCCACGUGGUCCGAGAACGUUUUGCCAAUGUCGCUAAGACACCAUUGCAAGCAUGCGUGUUAUCGGCGUACGUAGAGGAGGAUGAAGUGUUGUACGCAAUUUGUACCGUGCUCCCGCCCUCCAAACUGCCGCUUUGGGUUUUUCGUUCUCAGGCUGAUUUUGAUCUGCUUCACCAUUCGCUCGUGCGUUCUUCUCCCGCUACAUGGUUGCCGGAGUGCAAUCUGUUACCGAAACAUUUAUGCCUUUUGUCAAUGAACGCUGUUCGCUCUGUGCUUUUUGAAAAUAUUAAUCGACUGGACAUGUACCUGUCCCAUCUAAUCUCCCAUAUGAGCAAAGAGACGGAACUGAUUUUGCACGAAUUUUUGACGGCUCCAGGUUCGCUGGAAAAGGCGAAGCUCGUGUCAGCUAGUACUAAGGCCGAACAGGCCAUGUCUGAGCACAUCCACUGCACUUACAGUGCUAUGGAAUUGAAUGACGAAACGGACGCAUUUUUAAUAUACGCUCAACGAUCUCUUGUUCAAUUGGAGGCGUCGUAUGCCAAGCUAGAAGAUAGCAUGCGGGCGUUGUUUGCUGAGCGACGCAAACAUGCACAAGUGUUGGAGCUGCUGUACUUGAAAAUGCAAAGACAACGGUCGUUGUUGGGAACAAUCUCGCUUUCUACGCUGCAGGAACGAGCCUGUAGUGAUUACUUCCUCCCUCACACGAACAGUUUUUUCAAACGCAUCUACUUGAGUCGCAGUCUAAUUGCUGGUAUGCGGAAAGCUUUAGAAAGAGCGGGCACUCUGUUCGAAGAGAUAAUGGACGUGAAAGAUGAGUGUGAUCAUCUAAAAACACAACUGGAUGAGGGUUCGAAGAAGCAACAAGACAUCUGGGGUCUUUCAAUAUUGACCGAACGACGCGAGAGGCAAUACGUCGCGAUCUCCUCGAGGUACGAUGUUCUUAAGAAGAGAUAUCAUAACCAAAGCGUUCUUUUUCGUUACGCACAAACCUACCUGGCGGGUGAGCUUUCUUCACUGCAUGAAAGCCGUGCUCAAGACAUGAGCAAAGCGAUUUUAUGGUUUGCUCAAAAUAACAUAGAUGUUAGUCUGCCGGCAGACUUUCGAAAAUGAUUUGUGAGUUUACGACAGAUCCUACUACGUAUUUAAUUACUACGACUACUUAGACGAUGUAAUGACACGAUAUGAAUAAUUUUGUUCUAUAAA